AUGUCCGGGCGUGGCAAGGGAGGCAAGGGGCUCGGCAAGGGCGGCGCCAAGCGCCACAGGAAGGUUCUGCGCGACAACAUCCAGGGCAUCACCAAGCCGGCGAUCCGGCGGCUGGCGCGGAGGGGCGGCGUGAAGCGCAUCUCGGGGCUCAUCUACGAGGAGACCUACACCGAGCACGCCCGCCGCAAGACCGUCACCGCCAUGGACGUCGUCUACGCGCUCAAGCGCCAGGGGCGCACCCUCUACGGCUUCGGCGGCUAG